GUGAGGUGAGCGAUACGCGGCCGCGACUCGCGAGUGUACGUCGCGUCUAUAGUACAGUGCUGAGGACGUUAGCCCGCGAUCGUUCGCCGCAGCGGACGUCUCGUCACGCUCGCACAAUCGUUCCACAACCGUGGCAGGUGUCAGUGUCGUCAUGUCCAAACCGUGAAACAGUUCUUCGUGUGUGCUUCACUGUUACUUCCUUCCUUUUCGGAUAUCGGAUUGUUCUUCGUGUUUCCAGUAUGGGCGAAUCAAUGCUGAAAGAAGAUCCCCUCUCGAGGAUCCAGAGAGAAAUUAUAGAAGUGACGGAGAGGGAGAAAGAAUUUAAAGAAGGUCACUUUAGAAUAAACAGACUGCUAUCAGAAUCUACCAUAGAUGUUAACCACCAAAACGGCCACGUCAAUGGGGACGUUGAAAAUAAAUCGCCAAGGACUCUGAAUAGAGCGGUAUCUACCUCCCAUCUCUUGGGUCCUAUAGGACCCCCGACACCACCGGUAACUUCCAUCUUUACCACUAAUGGUUACACGAGGCGGUUUACACCGCAGACUGGCACCAAAGGCAUCAUGCAGCGGUUUAUUGCCAAUAAAGGUAAAAUGCCGGUCAGCUCUCCCGUAAUACCGACGACGCCGACUGUCAACAGAACGUCACCAGUUUUCAUUAAUCCCGUACCUAUUACUCCAAUUAUAUCUCCAGCAAUACCUCCAGUUGCUAUAACACGAACACCAGAAAAACCUAUUAGGAAAGGUUACGUGCCCGUCGAGGAGAAGAUUCAAAAAGAAUUGAAGGAAAUGAAGGACAGAGAACAUGAAUUAAAACGCAUGAGGAAGAAACAUAAACCUUUCGACCUCGAGUUGAGUGAUAACGAGACCAGUUCGGAAUCAGACGAUGACGACAUUCCGUUGCCAGGUAAACUUAAAGCAACAAAGUCGAUAGGAGAGCUGUAUGAAGCACUCAACGAGGAGGUACGAUCACCAUCACCGUCGAGGAAUAGCUCGGGCCAUGAUUCUUUAGGCAGUCUGAAGCCGGCGAAAUCGUUGGCCGAACUCUGCGACAUCGAGCCGGGUCAAGAAUUCCUCGCUCCUAGUUCCACGCGCCUUAUCGCGCAGUGGGAGUCGAUUAUUCAACAAAAGCAAGAGGCCGGAGCGGCUUAAAUAGUAUGUGUUUAAAAUAGAAGGCUUGUGGGUUAAAUUGUGUUAUUUAGGCGUGUAACGCCAAAUAAGUUUCUGUGGACGAUUACCAACAUGGUUAUCAACAUUAUGCAUCAGUUACGAAGUGUAUCGAGUGCAAGGCCGAAUAAGUGUCGCCGUAUUCGGUAUGUUACGUGAGAAAUACGAUAUUUGUGGUAGGUAGGUAGCUAAUGUAGUAGAUGUAGGCUGCAAAGUGAGUGCACCCUCGGCUCGUUUUACAGACUGUCACACCCGAAACAUCUGCGUAGUAUCGUUGCGCAAACGUUGAAAUUAAUCGAACGCCUCGGCGCGCUAGGUUUUACCGAUCGAUUUCUUUCGUCGGCUGAUCGGUUGUGGAGCAAUUAAUUUUCUCCAGAUUGUGAACAAUGCAAAUGAUGGUUAUCCGUAACAGCAAUUAUCUUGUGCAUGCACGCUGUUGGAAAGCGGUCGAUACAUGAUGCGAACUCGUCUCCCAAGUGUGAGUAAAAUAGUUUCUUCCUAUUGUUUAGCGCGUACUCUACGCUACUGAAAAACUGUUUUAUUUUUUUAUUUUAUGGGAGCGCCGCUUUCCCGAAGCAAUACGGCACUGAGCGGGCCCGUGCAUAUCACACUUAUUAUGUUAUUGCAAAAAUGUAGCUUUUUCUCGGUAUUGUGAGAAAAUGCACAAUAUUCAAUAUUAGAGUACAAAAAAGAGAUAAAGGAAUCGACAUCAGCGCUCACUGCCGUGUUGUAGUAUGAUCACAAUCGUGUCACGUACAGUUUCUGCCUUCCCUAUGACUAGCGAGGGUUUACUAUAAGGCCAUGAACUUACUUUGCUGUUCUGUUGUUGUUUUUCACUGUGCCUAUUAUAUACGAAGACGGUUAUGUAAUAUAUUCUAUAUAAAUAGACACAUUAUGUUAAAUCAAGGGUCGUGAUUUGAAUUUAGAGCAUUUAUAUUCGAGUAUGUAUUCACAGUACACUUUCCUUCAUAGGUAGCGUUUUACGCCUCGUGACUAAUGUUUAUAAAUACGCAAGUAAUAAAAUUAAUUUCUAUCCUAAAUAAUACUUUCACGUAAUGUUUAUGUAAUUAGCUAUUCACUGUGAUGAAUGUUGAAUGAUAUAAUCGUGGAACGCUGCGCGUUAGGGCAGGGUGCUGGAAAGGUUUACCUCGCUGGAUUCGGAUCUUAAAGGUGAUAAUCAUGUACUUAACGAUUGUACUUCAAUUGUGAAUAAAAGUGGCAACUAUGCAAGUAUAGAUGUAUCAGCUAACACUACACAUGUCAAACGAAUUGUGCCUUUUCUUAGAUUUGUACCUACAUUUAGAAAUUAGCAAAAUAAUGACAAAUAUAUAUGGUAUAUAUAAAGAUGUUACUCAUUACAACAAUCGUUUGUCAUGAACUGUUUUUGAUAGUGAAUGCGUUCCACCACUUACGUAUCGUAAUAAUAUAUUAGUCAAAUUAAUUUAAUAUUAAAUAGAGAUAGAGAAAUUUUUACAUUAAUUAUUGAGAUUGAUAGUGUUAAUUGUUGCAAUAUUUUUUACCUACGUGUUUAAGUUUGUUUUUAUCUAAAAGUGCCAGGAGGUUCGUAAAAUUUAACUAAUUUAUUUUGAUGGGACUUAACGUACCGGGGCAGGGACUGAGUAACAUUCCUAUUUACUUACAUAUUAUAUUAUACAUAUACAUGUUUGCCUAAUGUAUUACAUACUUUCAAAUAAAUAUUGUGAUAUGAAUUUGCCUUAAAAUAUUGUUAUGUAACAUUUUGUAAUAUUUAAAAUGGAAAUCUAUAUAUAUUAUAUCUAUAUUAUGUACUUAGAAUACAGGAGUUUACUUACUGUAUGCCGAUGCCUAGUAAAUGAGAUGUUAAAUUAUUUAAGAUUUACGCAAUAAAUGAAAUACAAUCAGAUUUGAGUA